AUGCAGACGAUCAAGUGUGUGGUUGUUGGUGAUGGUGCUGUGGGCAAGACUUGCUUGCUGAUCUCUUACACCACAAACAAGUUUCCAUCAGAAUAUGUUCCUACAGUGUUUGACAAUUAUGCUGUAACUGUCAUGAUUGGCGAAGACCCAUACACCCUUGGCCUUUUUGAUACGGCUGGGCAAGAAGACUACGAUCGCUUGCGCCCGCUAUCGUAUCCACAGACGGAUGUCUUUUUGGUCUGCUUUUCUGUGACUUCGCCUGCCUCAUACGAGAACGUGCGAGAAAAGUGGCUCCCUGAAGUGCGUCAUCACUGUCCUGGUGUGCCUUGUUUGAUUGUUGGUACACAAGUUGAUUUGCGAGAUGAUCCAGCGGUUAUUGAGCGCUUAGCGCGUCAGAAACAGCGGCCAAUUACCACAGAAAUGGGCGAGCGAGUAACGCGCGAGCUAGGAGCCAUUAAAUAUGUGGAAUGUUCGGCUUUGACACAAAAGGGACUGAAAAAUGUGUUUGAUGAGGCCAUCGUUGCUGCACUAGAACCGCCUGUCGUCAAAAAAAAGGUACGUCUAUUCAGAUUCUCGAAUGACCUAGACUUACACACCCUUUUUUCAGACGAAAUGUGCAAUUCUCUGAGUGCCUGCAUAGAGCGCAAGGCGAUUUACAAUAUGGAUCUUAUCCCACCAAACUAG